UAUCUUUUUUUUUUCCUUUUCGACAAUCAAAAUAAUAGGAAGGAGAGGUAGAAAAAUAUAUAUCAUGCAGACCACAUCUGCUGCCAUAUCAGUUCGGCGUGAUGGACGGUCCAGCUUGCAAGAUUUCGGCCUCUCCUCGCGUCCCUCCGUAUGCUGAGCGGCGCAGAGGGAAACCCGCGCCAAAGCUGUGUUCCCCUUGCUCGCGUCUCUGCCAUUGAUAGCAUUCCCCCCGAACGAGACCACCUAUUCUUGACGCAGAGGAUAGGAUUUAGCAGAUGUUCUGGGUGGUGGAUAAGUAAUAAGAAGGCGAGGGACUCGGUUCUUCGCAGCAGAAGAGAAGGAAGAGCAGAGGAUUCCAAGCAGCGAUCCCGACUGGUCACUCUGCCUUCUAAUCUUCCUGCAGCAGAGAUCAAAUGGAGGAGCUCGGUGGCGGCGGCAAUGGCUCACCUCCGAGGUUUGUCCGUCUUUGCUUCUCGAGACUUUCUUCUUGUCCUACUGAAAAAUCCCUUCUUGCUUUCGUUCGCAGGGUGUCCGCAGGGAAACCCCCGAGGCAUGGAGGAACGGUGCAUUCCGCCCGCGACAGGCACUCGGCCAUGUCGGUUCCCGCCUUCGCCUCUGCUCAAGAUCUGCGGUGCCUCGACCUGGAGAAGGAGGCCGGCGAGGUCCUCGCGGAAUGCUCGCCCCGGGGUGUCCUCGACGACGGUCUGAGGUGUUUGGACUCGGAAACGACCUCCAAGGCCAGCACUUCCUACACGGAGACCCAAAUGAUUCGAAGCAGCUUCGCGCUGUGGCACGGCUUCUUUCGGCUGUGGAAGCACAAGUCCAUGAGGCGCCUCUCGAGCUUCCCCCCCAUCGGGUUCCGGAAGCGGUCGAGGAGGAGGAGGAGCAACAGGGACUCUCGUGUCCCCAUGCCGGACUCCACCUCGGCUGCCGAUAACGAGUCCUCCUUUAAGCCCACUUGGAGGAACUUCACCAUUUCGGAGCUUGAAAAGGCCACCAACAAUUUCAACUCUGAGAACAUGAUAGGGAAGGGUGGCUCUGCCGAGAUCUACAGAGGAUGUCUGGAAAAUGGCCAGCUUGUAGCAGUCAAAAAGAUCACCAGAGGAACAACAGAAGAAAAAACUCACAAUUUCCUCUCCGAGAUGGGAGUUCUUGUCCAUGUAGACCACCCAAACACUGCCAGAUUGAUCGGAGUCGGAGUCGAAGGAGGCAUGCACCUUGUUCUUGUCCUCUCACCUCAUGGAAGCUUAGCAAACCUUCUUCACGAUUCGAAAGACAAACUUGCGUGGGGAAUACGAUACAAGGUCGCCGUAGGGACAGCCAACGGACUCGAGUACCUCCACGAGAGGUGCCACAAGCGCAUCAUUCAUCGAGAUAUCAAGGCUGCGAAUAUACUGCUCACCGAGGACUUCGAGCCACAGAUAUGUGAUUUCGGCCUCGCGAAGUGGCUGCCUGACGAAGUGACGCAUCACACAUUGCCAAGCUUCGAAGGCACAUUUGGAUACCUUGCUCCCGAAUACUGCAUGCACGGCGUGGUCGAUGAGAAGACCGAUGUGUUUGCUUUCGGAAUCCUGCUGCUUGAGCUCAUCAGCGGACGCAGGGCAGUGAACUCUUCGCAGCAAAGCUUGCUGAUGUGGGCGAAGCCAUUGCUCGAGCAGAACCGCAUCAGGGACCUCGUCGAUCCGUCUCUCGGUGACUCUUACGACUCCAAGCAGAUGGAUCGAGCAGCAAAGACGGCGUACAUAUGCAUUCAGCACUCAUCAGUUCUGCGACCUCGCAUGAGUGAGGUUCUAAAGCUAUUGAGUGGAGGAGACGAAGGCCGAGCUGAGAACGGAAGAGCGCUUCACAGGUCGUUCUUGAGGAGGACAUACUCCGAGGAGAUCUUCGAUGCAGAAGAGUAUAAUGCGACGAGAUACCUGAGCGACAUUAGUCGGCACAAGCAGAUUGCUUUCGAUUUCUAGGGGGAGGAGGACACCUGCCCCUGUGCAGGGCCUGAGGCCAUGUUCAUCCAUGUCGAUUGCAUGCUGGGCUUGAGCAACUGUGUAUAUAUAAGAGCACUUAUCGAAGGUUAAA